GAAAUGAUGGACGAUUUUGACUUUGAAGAUGACAUUGGCGAUUUGCAAGCAGAAGAUGUCUUCCUUCCCCCAGUGAAUAACAAUGGAUCUAGACUCAGUAAUCAUAAGGAUAAGCCAGAUAAGUUUGUAAGUGUAAGAGAAAGUACGAAAGGUCUCCCACCAGCUAAGAAUAAGCCUCCAGCAUUUCCAAAGGCUUCUGGGAAAUUUGGAUUUGAUGACGACAGCGAUGAAGGAGAUGAUUUUGGGCUAGAGGAUAUUAAUAAUAAAAAGAAAGCUCCAGAUAUUAAACCCCAAGGAUCAAUGAAUAAAUCUCCUGUUUCAAAAUUCCCAAUAGCAAAUAAUAAAAGCAACAAAAAGAAUGAUGAUUAUGAUCUUGAUUUUGAUGAUGAAGACUCACCUAAAAAUGGAGCUAAGAAGCCUCAAAACAAUCUUCCUAAGGCUCAAGACCCUCACAAUAUAUUUCCAAGCCCAGGCUUUAGCAAAGAUAUUGAAAAGAAAGUAAGACCUGAGAGAACUAGCGGAAUAGAUAUCAAUGGAAUGAAGAAGUUGAAUGAUAAAUUAGAUAACUCUAGUGACUUUGGGGACUAUGAAGAUGACCUAAGUAACCUAAAUAUGGUAUCAGAUCCUCAGCAGAAACAAAAAACGCCCCUUAAAAAGAAAGAAGUCACACCUAUACAAAAAAAGGAGCCUACUCUUGUCUCUAAACAAGAUACUCCUCCAAAGAAGAAGGAGUCUUUGAAGAACUCUUUCCCUAAGCCAAUUAAGAAGAUGUCUUCCAUCACAAAAUCGAAGGCUGAAAUCAUUGAAUCAAAGGAUAAGCCUAUUACUGACAGAACAGGUCCUAAUGCAGACCCAAUCCCUGAGAAUAAGAAUUUGAGACUUGAUACAAACCAGAAAGAAAGGAUAAGAAAGAAGAAGCCACAAGCACCUAGUGAAAAAUCAGAUUAUGAAUCUGACAUAGCUGAAAAAGAUGUCUUUGUCCCUGAACCAGCUGACGACCAGUCUGAUGAAGGAACCCGGUUCAAUAAGAAUACAGAAGAAGCUCCUAAAAAGCCUAAAUUUAGGAAACAAUCCAUGGCUAAUUCAUCAGUUCUAGGAGCUGAUGAAGACCUUGAAGAGCUGUAUAGUGAAAAUGCUCAUUUGUUAUCCCAAAUUUCUGAGUUCACAGAGCAGAUGGAUCAAAGAAUGGUCCUCUUGCGUAAGGUGAAGAAAGUAGACCAACAGCUGGAUCGACCAAACUCUGCUAUAAACUCAAAGAAAGCCAAGCUAGAUGGGAUGUUCAAGAAAAUGAAGCUGAUCAAGAAUGAUAUUCAAAAUAUGAACAAGAUUGUAGAUAACUCCAAUACAGUGAAUUCCCUUGCAGAUAAUGAGAACAAGAUCAGAGAACAGGAGAAGAUCCUAAGUGAGCAAAAACUAGUCCUUAAAGACCGUAACAAAGUAAUCAGGGAGCAAAAGAAAUUCAUUCGUGAGGCAGAAAAGAUCGAAGAUGCUGAUGGCAAAGCCUCACAGGUAAACUCCACCUUCGAUAAAUCCAAAGACAAGCUCAGAGAGCUAAAGAAGAGAUUCACUGAAGAAGAUAAAAUGCUUCUUGACCGCCAUGAAGAAUUUGAGAUAAUGAGGGACCGCUGUAGGAGGAUCAAAGACAUCAUUCAGGAAAAAUAAAAGAAUUGAAGCUGAAACCGGAGUCAAACAAGCCGUUACAGAAGAGGAUAUCGUAAGAGUUGAAGGCAAUAUUGACAAACUUGAAGCACAGAAGAAAGAUAUUGAUAAACAAUGGAGAAAAAGGAUUCAACUUCAAGAAGACAGAGUUAUUAGGAUAAAACAUGAAAGCAACCAGAUGGAACUCAAACAUAAGGAGAAAGAAAAUGAGUAUAGAAUGAUCAAUCUGAAGAUCAAAGAGUUGAAAAGGACCAUCCAAAGCACUUACGUGCAUAAAGCUACAGAUAAUAGCAGAAAGGAAAGAAAGAAGAGUGCAAGGUCUGUUACUAAAACUUCAAGGAAGGCUGCAAAAGAAAAGGAGCAGAAUUUCAGACCAAAUUCUUCGAAAAGAGCAGGUCUUCAAGAAGCGAUAAAACAAGAAUAUGAAGUUGAAGAUGGAGAGUUCAAUGAUCCCCCACCUCAAGGUAUCAAUAAAGGGGUAGAUUUUAAUGGAGGAGAAGACAGUUUUGAAGAAUAUGAGAAUGAUUUUGAUAGAACGAUGGAACACACUGAUAAAAAGGAUCUAGAUACUAGCGAGCUUGAUAUUGAUAGACAAACUUCAAAACCUAUAGCUAUGCCAGGAGACAAGGAACAUUAUUCAAAAGUAGCUAACAAAAGAAUGAGCGAGAUGUUAAAUAAUUCUCAAAACACAGAAAACCAAUCUAUUCAUCACAAUCAAAGUGUAGAUAGUCAUAUUAGCCAGGUUUCCAAACCUAGCAUGGGGCAAAAAAGCAAGCCGAUGAUUGGAAAGAUGGCAUCAAAACCCACAUUUGCUCUCAAAAGAAGAAAUUAA